AUCGCCCACCGACCACAACGAUGGUCCGUACUCUUCUUCUGCUCGGUCUAGCUCUCGGCGCCACGGCGCAGUCGCCGUCGCCGGCCCCGACGCCGUCCAUCUCGAACCCGCCAUUCACGAUGACGGCCGUCAACACGAUCCAGGCGCGCGUGCAGUCGGACGCGGCGACGUGGGACGAGACCAACAAAAAGUUUGGCCUCGUCCUCAAGCAGAACACCAACACGUUCGAGGAGAAGUACCGCGCCGCGAUGGACACGGUCAACACGGCGUCCGUCGAAGGCGCGCUCUUCUACGUGCAGACCGAGGGCAUCAACAAGGCCGACUCGGUCAACUGCUUGCGCAAGACCAACAUGAGCUACAUCUGGUUCCUCAACAUCACGAUCGUGCAGCCGACGUUUGCGAUCGCAGAGUACGCCGACAACGGAGGCGUCAUCCCCGAGUACGGCCGGUUCGUGGCCAUGGACGGCGGCUUCUGCACGCCGGUCAAGGACACGACGCCGCCGCUCGAGUGCCUCACGUACGGCGGCCUCAGCUACAACAAGAACCUCGGGCCGUGGGUCGGCGGCGAGGCCCGCAAGACGCACCCGAAGGGCAACUACGCCGACAACUAUUGGUUCUCGUUCCCGAACUCGUGCUACACCAAGCGCUUUGAGCAGAAGGACGACGCGUGCCGCAAGGUCCAGAAAGGUGGCCUCUGCCCGCUCGGCAAGCAGCCGGACGGUGUCACGUGCACGUACUCGUUCGACGUCCUCGGCUACGUUCGCAUCGACGACCUCGUCGGCAUCACGAGCAUGAAGCACAGCCAGACGGGCCAGAACUACCGCGACCGUGUCGACUUUUGCAAGGACUCCAAGGUCGAGUACGACUUUAGCAACAGCUACAGCGACCUGACGUUCUGGGACAAGCCGCUCGACGUCGACGCCAACACGAACCGCACGACGCAGAUGCUCAAGUUUUACAACGACCUCAUCAAGGAAGGCAAGGGCGACUACGCCCACAUGAAGCCGCUGCCGUCCGCCGAAGAGCUCGCCAAGACCAACCCGCCGUGCUGGAAGAAUAGCCCGAUGUGCGCCAAGGCCCCCAACGGGUGCCGCCGCAAGCUCACGGCGCAGGUCUGCGAGGUCUGCUCGUCGCCCGCCGACGACUGCAAGAAGCCGGGCCCGACCGACGCCGCCGCACCGACGCUCAACAAGCAGUUCCAGCCGGCGCUCCCGACCAACGCCGCCGGUGUCACCACCGUCCCCCGCAGUAUCUCCAACAACGAAACGCUGGCGCCGGGGGCUGGCGGUGCCGGUGGUGUGACCACAAACGCGGCCUCGUCCGUGUCUCUGGUCGCCGCUUCGACCCUCGCCGUGGCAGCCCUCUUGUUGGUGUAGUAACUCUUGACAUCGAUUUAUACGAUUUUUUCUAAACGCGA